UUCGCCUCACACAUCACCUCCCUUCGCUGCCCAUACAUUUCCGGACGCCGUGCUCCCCUUCCGAACCUUCCAGCGCCAGGGUUUGGCUAGGGUUCUCUCCUGCCACUCCGCCCGCCGCCGCCGCCGCUGCAGCGAUGGCCGCCGCCAGCGAGGACGACGCAGCGUGGGAGCGCGCAAUCGCCGCCGCCUCCAAGAACGCCACCUCCUCCUCCUCCGCGCCCAAGUCCCUUGCCCUCGACGGCGCCGUCAAGUCCUCCACGGGCCGCCUCCCCUCGCCAGCCCUCCUUGAGCGCUUUGCCUCCUCCCUCGAGGAGCUCUCCGCCGCCGGCGCCCGCCUCUCCUCUCUCGCGGGCUUGCCCCGCCUCCCAGCGCUCCGCCGUCUCUCGCUCCCGGACAACCGCCUCUCCGGCGCCGCCACCCUCGUCGCCGUCGCGGAGGCCUGCGGCGCCACGCUGCGCCACCUCGACCUGGGCAACAACCGCUUCGCCGAGGUCGACGAGCUCGCGCCGCUAGCCAAGCUCGGGCUCGAGACGCUCGACUUGUACCAGUGCCCCGUCACCAAGGUGAAAAGCUACAGGGAGAAGGUGUUUGCGCUGAUUUCGAGCUUGAAGUAUCUGGAUGGCGCAGACGCCGAGGGUAACGAGCGUUUGGAGACGGAUGACGAAGAGGACGAUGAGGAGGACGACGAGGAGGGAGAGGAGGGCGAAGAGGGAGGAGAAGAGGAGGGCGAAGAGGGAGGAGAAGAGGAUGAUAGGGAGGAAGAGGAAGGGGAUGAAGAAGAUGGCGAGGAUGGGGAAGGGGAUGAAGAAGACGAAGAAGGUGACGAGGAGGCUGAAGACGAAGAGGAUGAAGCUGAGGAGAACGAACCUAAUGCUGAUGUAGAAGGCAGGCUGGAAAAUGGAAGCAAAGCAGGGUCUUCUCUGCCAAACAAGAGGAAAAGGGAUAAUGAAGAUGGCAACACUGGAGACAACUAAAACGGUGCGGGAAAUUGAUAUUGUUGGCCUUUGGAAACUUUCUUGCAAUGAUUGUUCUUUGCAUGCUUUUCAGAGACUUGUAAUAGACUAGAGCGUAGUGUUUGUUAGGUGAUUCGAUUUCUAAAGGAUCUUCUGGAAGUUGUCUGACCCUGAAUCCAUCACUAGUGUUGGACAUCCUUAGUGUACUCGUUUUCCCUCUUGUGACUUUCUGAUGCAUCUAGUUCUGGUU